AUACAGGCCAGGGGGGUUUGAAUUUGAUGACAGCCAUUUAGCAAACCUCUGUACGCAUAUAAUAUAUGCAUUCUGCACCAUUGAUGUAAAUAAUCUUUCUAUUAUUUCAAAUGACAAUUGGUCAAUAUAACGAUUUUCAUAGAAUCACUUCUCUUAAACGUUUGAAUCCUCGUUUGAAAAUCCUGCUUUCUGUCGGAGGGUGGAACACACUGCUCAAUGAAUUUACGAUUGUAUCAAGAAGCGACUCUAAUGCAAAAACAUUUGCUAAAAAUACAAAAGACUUUUUAAAGAAAUACAAUUUUGACGGAUUUGACAUUGAUUGGGAAUUUCCUCACAAUCAAAAACAAGCGUACAGUCGACUUUUGAAAACUAUGAGCACAGAAUUUCAAAAAGGCUCAAAAAGAUAUUUGUUGACAGCAGCUGUUUCAGCAGGAGUUUCGACAAUUCAGGUUUCAUAUGAAAUAAAAGAAAUUUCUAGGUUAAAUAUUUACAUUUUGACAAUUAGAUACCUUGAUUACAUCAACUUAAUGACUUAUGAUUUUUACGGUCAAUUUUCGAACACUGUUGGCCAUCAUACAGGAUUAUAUGGAAUAAACGAUGCUGAUACUUUCAACACGGCAAAAUAUGUGAAAGAUAAUGGACUAGCAGGGAUGUUUGUGUGGACUUUAGAUUUUGACGAUGUUAAUGGAAAUGAAUGCGGCCAAGGACAAUCGCCCUUGAUAUCACAAAUAAAAAAUCACUGA